UCCCGAUCGUGGAUUGGAAUUUUCUGGAUUGCGAGCCAACUCAGCGCCCACCCGGUCCUCCGCAACAAGCCAGCCAUCAACGCGCGACAUCGCAUCCUGGAUAUCCCAGACCGCGCGACAAACGAAAUUUCGAUUCUAUACCCCCAUCCCCAUCUGUAUCUGUAAUUUUUUCUCGUAGGCUGCCUUCUAAUAAACCGCAAACAUGGCCUACCGCCUCAUCACUCAAGUCCUCUUCGUUGGCACCCGCAUCGUCGGCCGCUCCUUUGCCGCCGCCUACAAGCAGGCCCAGGCCUCGUCCGAGUACCAGCGCGCGCAGGUCAAGAACGGCACCGCGGGCGCGGGCGCCAAGGGCAACCUGUCUUCGGGCAUGACGCUUGACGAGGCCUGCAAGAUCCUCGACGUCGAGACGCCCAAGGACGGCUCCAAGAGCGCGGGCGACGUCAUGGAACGCUUCAAGAAGCUCUUCGACGCCAACGACCCUAAGAAGGGCGGCAGCUUCUACCUGCAGAGCAAGGUCUUGCGCGCGAGAGAGAGGUUGGAGAAGGAGAUUGGGCCACUGGUCGAGAAAGAGGAGGUCGAGACCGAAACGAAGGAGGGGUUCAAGCCCAAGAUCUACAAGGACCGGUGAGCGGUGGGCGAGGGUGGCUGCACCGCGCAGCCGGCUGGACGGCCGACUGAUGUGGCCGACUGACCUACCGACACACGAACACACUCGAAUCGUUGGACGAAAGGAAGCAAGGUCAGAGGGUGGCGAUCUGCUGACGCAGAGCUCGGAUACUCGUCCAAGGGAGGAGGUGGUGCCUUAGGGGGGGCACAACAACUGUAUUGGAACACACUUCACUCGACUCCGCAUGGCAUGGCGUUUCUGGGGACGGAACUCGUUUUUUGUUUCACGGCGCGGCACCGCCAGCACUGGCAUGGUUAGACGAUACAAAAAGGGGCGGUGCUUGCGCGGAAAUGUGUUAAUAUACUGUACUAUAAGACACGGGAAGAGGGCGGGGGCGAGGAGUUAGGCCGCUGAGACGCGGGUGAAGGUCGGCUUAGAGAAUGCAGGCCUUUCUACUCAAGAGUGAAGUCUUUGGACGACUUACUGGUGGUCACUUCCGGCAGAUUGCUGUACAGAUGACACCACAUUGAAAAGCCCGUGUCAACUCCA